AUGAAAUUGUUUGCGUCCUUUAUUUUUUUUAGACACAGAAACGGAUAGUAAAAAAAAAUUAAUAACAGCAGAAAUACUCCUAGAAGAUCAAUACUAGAAUAAUUGCAUUUUGUUUUUCGAGAUAUGAUCAAACUCCUCAGACUAUUAUUUGAAAGAAACUUUAUCAGUUCAUGUUUAUUUUAAUAGAUUUUGUAGUAAAAAAUAAGUGAACCAUAGUAAUAUAUGAUUUGGUUGAUUUAUUUAACGCAGACAAAUUUAUAGAUGCUUAAUAUAGAUCUUUUAUUAAAGAAACUUUUUAAAUUUAUAAGUCAUUUGCUUUUGAAAGAAUUCAAUAUUUGCCUUUGGUUAUUCAAUAUUUUCGAAUUAAUAAUAUUUCAUAUAGAGAACUAGGAAAUAAUGAGAUUUAAGAUUUUUAUUUUCUAUUGAUGCGUCUGAAAUUUAUUUUCCAUAUUCUUAGAUACAAUUAUUAUUAUUUGCUUUAGGCGUUGCCUUAUAGUAAUCAAGUUUUUAUGGGGAAAGGCUUCAUGAAAAUAAAAAAUUAAGACUAAUAGUCCUCUCCCUAAGGCAGGAGCAAACAAGGUAUGAAAACAAUUAAUUUUUAUUUAAUUUAAUAGUAAUUUUAAAUAUACAUUCUCA